CGCUCUCGUUCGACCCGCUCGAGAAACUCACGGGCGCCCUAGAUCUACGCGCCAAGUUCUUACGCUCAGGAAUCAGUCGCACCACCCUCGCCCCAUCGACUAGCCGCCGAGCUACCUUCGUCUCUCUCCACUCCUUCCGUCCCCGCCACUCUCCCACCUCUCCUCCCGUCCAGCAUGCCGCAGAACGAGUACAUCGAGGAGUCGAUCCGCCGCAAUGGUCGUCAGCUCGACCACGAGGAGCGCAAGCGCAAGCGCCAGGCGCGUGAGGCGCACAAGGCGUCGCACGUCGCCCAGACGCUCCACGGCCACAAGGCCAAGCUCCUCCACCAGCGCCGCUACGCCGAGAAGGUCGCCAUGAAGAAGACGAUCAAGGCGCACGAGGAGCGCGACGUCAAGGCCAAGGACGCGAGUGCGCUCCCCGAGGGCGCCCUCCCGACCUACCUCCUCGACCGCGAGGGCCAGAACGACGCCAAGGCCCUGUCGUCGGCCGUCAAGCAGAAGCGCAAGGAGAAGGCCGGCAAGUUUGCCGUCCCGCUCCCCAAGGUCCGCGGUAUCGCCGAGGACGAGAUGUUCAAGGUCAUCAAGACGGGCAAGUCGAAGCGCAAGGGCUGGAAGCGCAUGGUCACCAAGGCCACCUUUGUCGGCGAGGACUUCACCCGGAAACCCCCCAAGCUCGAGCGCUUCAUCCGCCCGUCGGCCCUCCGCGUCAAGAAGGCCAACGUCACGCACCCCGAGCUCAAGGCGACGUUCCAGCUCCCCAUCAUCGGCGUCAAGAAGAACCCGCAGUCGCCCAUGUACACGCAGCUCGGCGUCAUCACCAAGGGUACCAUCAUCGAGGUCAACGUCUCCGAGCUCGGUCUCGUCACCACUGGCGGCAAGGUUGUGUGGGGCAAGUUCGCCCAGAUCACCAACAACCCUGAGCUAGAUGGGUGCGUAAAUGCAUCCUUGCUCGUUUGAGAGGAUGCGGCGCUUUCUUCGCGACCUUGAGCGGUGGAAGACGGUCGGCGAGGUCGAGGAGCGGCGUCGGGGGCCGCAGCGACCGUGUACUUGGUAGUCCCUCUCCCUUUCCUGUUCUGUGUGACUCUCCUGGUUGUGCUCGACGCAUGUUAUACCACCUCGCAUUCGCUCGAA